UAUGCUUCUGCUUUGUUUUUAAAUAUUAUCUUCUAUGAAUAUACGAAUUACUAACAAGCGAUUUCCUUUAAGACUAGUGUGUGUGGCCAGGGAAAAACUCACAGUAAAACCUAGAGAAAAGCUGUUUCUGCUAACAAGGGCCCCCAGCCCCACACAGCCACCCCUUGUCCGAGACAUCAGCAGCACCUGGUGUUGGUGGAAGCUUCUGGAGGCUGUGCUGGUGGGGAUGAGGCUGGGGGGAGAGGAGCACGAGGAAGGUGCAUCAUGGCUGCUGAUCCAACAGGUAGGCCACGUUGUGCUGGUUUUAGUGAGGGGAAACAUCUAGAAGCUUUCUGUGCAUGAGUACAGGACUGCUGUUUGUCAUUCCCUUAGCAGGGAGGCAGCCUCCUUUCUCCUCUGCAGUGCCCUCCUAGUGGUUUGGGUGCCAUGCGAGUAGGGCUAAUAGGGCAGGAGGCCAUUAGCUGGGCUGUCUGCACAUGGUGAGGGCUGAGCAUAACUUUGGCUGUCCUUUGCACUUCACCUCCUGGAGAUGGGAAAUACACCAUAUUGGGAUGCGUUGUGCUUGUAAGUUGUUUCUGUAAAUAUCACUCAGGAAUCAAAGGUGUUGCGGUAUUUUUUUUUUUAAUUCUUUUUAAUUUAGGGUUUGUUUGUUUGUUUCAUUUACUCGCGUCAUUUUUCCUUUUUGACGCUGUAAUUUACCUCCCGCCCAACCGAGGUUCCUCUUUAACGCGGAAUCAAUCUGCAGCGGAUUGAUGUCCAGCUCAGCCAAUAGAAUUACAAAUCUCCGCCCCUGCUGGCUCGGAUUGGUUCUCGUUCCGGGCGCGAGGCGGGAGUUGCGCUCAAACCGCGGCGCCAUGGAGGCUGUGCUGGGGCAGGUGGUGGAGUUGCCUGCGUUGUUUGCUGUGUCCCGUUCCGUCCAGGUGCGGGACUGGGACCCCCCGACCCUGGACAGGGCUCUGGAUUGGGCACGCUACUUCCAGCAUCUCCACGACCGCUUCCGUGGCCGACCCCGUCUCCGGGACGCUGUGGGGCGGCGGUUGCGGCGGGGCCAGACGGGCAGCCCGCUCUCCUUCUGCCAUCUGGGCGCCUGCUCGGAGCUACUGGGCUUGACGCUGCUAGAGAACCGCGCUCUGCCGCCCACCGCCUGCCGCCGCCUCCUGCAGCGCCUCCUGCAGGGGGAAACUGGCCCCGAACCGGGCCGCCUGGUUCUGCUGGCCCGCAGGAAGGCCGCUUCCCGCCUUCUGGAGAGCUGCGCGCUGUCCUCGAGCGAGCCGGGCCCGCGGGUGUGCGCGGAAGCGGGGCUGUUGCUGUGCCGGCUGAGGGAGGACGGGCGGGAAGCUGGGGCGGCCCUGGGCUGGCUUGGACCUGUCUUGGAGCAGCUCCCCCGGCCUCGGGCUUUCGCUGUGGUGGCGGAGGCGCUGUUGCUGCUGCAGGGGGACGGGGACAGCACGGCGAGUGGAGCAGAAGCUGGAAGCGUUGCGGAUCCCCUGCUUUCCUGGCUACUGGAGGAUCCGCACCGGUUUUCUGCCUGCUGUCUGCUCCUCUCGGGCGCUCUGCUCGCCUCGCUAGCCGAUCGCUAUGCCCGGUUAAGCAGGCGUUAUUUGGAUCUUUUAGCUGAGUGGGGAAGUCAGUUGCUGCAUGACUCGCUGCAGGGACGGUGGGUUAGAAGUGGUCCUGAGGAGGCUAAAUUGUGCUGGGAGGAGCUGAGGGAGCGUUUUGUCUGCCUCUGUCAGGGAUCUGUGCAACUCAGGGAGCAAACCCAAGCAGCUCUGAAGCUCCUGAAGGCCCGAGACGGAGACUUUCAAGUCCGUGGCCUAAGUGUGUGGACUGACCUGCUGCUGGAAGUGGAGAAAGACUUGAGGAAGAAGCAGAGCCCAAACGUGUGAACACCAGAGCAACACAAAACUUUAUGAAAUCUAGCAGAUCUGACUGAUACUUAUUUGAAGGGAGAGAACUAUGUCCUGCUUUGAGUUGAAAACCCAAGCUCUGAUAGGACUGCUGAUCACACUGUUUCUGAAUGCACAUGAACUUUCAGGAAGGCCUGUUACUUCUUUGCAUCUGUACUGCUGAUUCUCUUGGUGACAGGCAAUAAAUAUCUUCCUUUACAGUGCUUACUGCUCAGCUAAUAAAACAAAGAACCUGGUUUUUUUUGAAUAUGUUUUUUAAAAAUAAGCUUUCAUUUUUUAUUGGCUACAAAUAACAGAUGAGAUAUGUUAUGGUCAUGGUAGUUCUGUUUUGUUUUUGUUUUUUGUUUUUUAUUGUUCAAAGGGAAUGAUGGAGAUUCAAACCUGAAAAUCCCAAAUGCAGGGUUGAUUUAGUAGUGAUUACCUUCAUUAGGCUGUCUGUUCUGUUGGCAUUUUCUGAUCUUCAGAAAAGAUCUGUGAGUUGUCUGUGAAUUAGCCUCUAGGCCUAAAGUGAAGGAGGGGAAAAGAAAAAAACUUGAAAGCUUACUGAAAAGUUCUAAAACUUGAAGGCUUUAUUAGUUACCUUGUUAUAUACUGGUAUGUAAAUAUUAAAUAUAUUGAAUGUUUAUUAAAACAGCAGUAAGAUGUGGCAUAUUCUGCUGUUUUUCUUCCCUUUCCCAUGAUCUGUUACAUUAAAUAUAUUCAUUUUGUGAAACGAAAGUGAGUGGUAUAGCAAACUUUUUAAAUGGAGUCCAAUGGAGUUAUCUUUUGUUGAAUCUGUUUCUGUUGACAAAACUCAAAUGGGUAAAAAAGUACUGGGCCACCAUGACUUAAAACAAGUACUGUACCUCAGAAUUAAUGAGAUCUUGUCUACUUAGCUCUGUAAGCUAGAAUUACCAGUGUAAGCAGAGUAAUAUGAUGCAAUACUCAGUGAAGGUGGGAAAUGCAAAUAGCGUAGAAGGUUCAUCUUUAACCUCAUGUGUGGAGGAUCUGUCAAGGAGUGUAGUGUGUAUUCAGAUAGGAUUGAGAUAAGUUGAGAAAAGUGUUCUUGUGUUACUGAAAUGCCUUUUAGGGAAGGAUUAGAAGGUGGUUUUAUUAUGAUUGUGAGCUUAACUACAUGUAUUUAUUAUAUAUACAUGUAUUAUAUAUACAUGUAUGUAUACAUGUAUAAUUAUAUAUAUUAACUGAUUGGCACUAAUUUGAGUAACAUUCUGUGCUACAAAGUGAAAGUGUACAAGGGUGGCAAAAUUCA